AUGCUGCGCUCGCGCAUCGGCCGUCUGUACAGGGGCGCAGGCACAUCACUUCGACCUGCACCAGAUGUGGCUCGCUCCUCAGCUGCUUCGGUCACUUCGACUCUCGACCCAUUUCCACAACAUCACACGCUCGGCAACGUCCCUGCUCGGAGAAAACGAUCGAACGCAGCGCACUCGCCCUCGACUUUCCUAGCCCGCAAUGCCUCCAGCAUCUCGGCAGCUGCGUUUCGCUCGGAAUCAUUCUUCAACGCCUCUCAGCCAGAGGAGCCGUUCAGCACCUCUCACCCUUCAACAGAGGACGUCGUCACUCCGCAGCUUGCCUCGGAACGCUAUUUUCCGCCACUGGCUGAUGUCACGUUUGCCGCCCACGAUGAAAAUCAGCAGGCGCUCUGCGACGCCUUAAAGAACCUCGAUGCCGACUACUCUUGGACGCUCUACCUCCAUCUUGGACCGGCUAGACAUGCUCUGCAUCCCUCCAUCAUCGAUCGACUCAUCACGCUACAGUGUCGCAAGCCUGUCAGAUCCUUACCAGGCAGUCGAGCCGAUGCACAGCUUGCGCUUCGACAGGUCUGCGACCGAGUCUUGCAACUCUGCAAAGACAAGACGCGCUGUAAGGUCGGGACUUCCGCCUACCCGUCGGCUUCUGCCGAUAAAGAGGGACUUUCGACACUGUCACCGGAAGCGGCAUUGAGACUGCUGUACCUCCUUGUCGUCGAAGAGGAGCAGGUCGCUGCUUCUAGGUCCGCCUCACCUCCUCAGAGGCGUGCAAAUUUGUCGCGCAUCUUGCAGACUCUUUGGAACAAACUUGCCUCAUCCUCAGGUUUUGCCGAAGAGCACGUCGACAUUGCACUGCGAGGUCGCCUGGCAGCCUCCUUGUCGCGGCUCGGCUCUCCCGACGCUGCUUAUCGCCAGCUGGAAAUGGUCGUGAAUCUCGCAGAGGCCAGGGGCUGCCAACAGGAAGUCGACCCUCGUCCCUUCGAUCAGCUUCUGUCGGCGCUCGCAAGGCAACGCUCGAACAGCAGACGCCUGCCCAAGUAUCUACCCUCGCCGAUUGAUCGCCCGAUAUCCGCUCCCGACGAAAGCGAUCCGAUUCUUCGUGCUUUGCGGCUCGCUGUUGUCUUCGAGGUGCCCGUCUCCAAAGCCAACAUCCACAAGUGCCUACAAGCCCUCGACUCCCCGACCCUCUGGUGGUUGCUGCCGUUCGAGCUCGACUCGGACAAGAGGCGCCAGUCAAGCGCCAUCGAGAUCCCAGAUGACAGAUACGCGCUCAAGCCAAAAUGGCAUCCGUGGCAGACCUCGGCCCAUGGCAGCGAUGUGCCGCAGGACAUACUCGACACUUUUGCAGAGCGUGUGUCGCUCGUCCUUGCCCAACGUGGCAUCUUGCAACCGGCGCUGCACGUAUUGGAUGGUUUGCAAUUGGAUGUAGCUGCAGACGACAAAGCCGACAAGAGUCAUGGCACGUCGUCCAAUGUUCCAGACCAUGAUCUAUUCACGGUCGUCCUGGAGCGGCUCUCCGAUCGCAUGGCGGCUAACAACAUCGCAGCCGGGCGCAAGUCGCUCGACAUUCACACGACUCUCCUGCUCGACCUCCGACUGGCCGUCAAGGUCUACAGUAUCGCAUACAAUUCCGGCGUGGACCUCGACCCACGCAUCAACGAGGCCGUCAUCAAGUCCUUCGCCGCCUGCUUGCCCUCGUCCAUUGUCGAUCUCGGUGCGGAUAGAGCACGCCUCACCAAGAUCAAGGCCAACAUUGCAGAGCGCAACGAGUCUCGCGGAAGUCAAAAGAUGCUGCACUCGUAUCUUCGCCGCUUCACCACGAUGAUCCUGGACAAAGACCCGGACUUGAGCAAAGGAGCGCUCAGCUAUCAAGCACAGGCGACCCUCUUGGGCCUGCAUCUGCGGCUUCGAGAUCACUCGUUUUCGAAGAAGCUGUACCAGCUCAUCCGGCUCCGUGAGCCUGGUCGCGAGCUCUGGUCGAAAGAUCCCGAGUCGGGCUCGCUGCUACACGUGGCGCUGCAUCCCACGUGCCGACCAGACAGCGGUCUCUUCUACUGGCUCUUUGGAGAGAGCCUCUAUGCCGCGCCAAAACCACUCUUCGCUGUCCAGCUCUCACUGGACUGGCUGGCGAGCGGCAACACCCUCUCUGCUGGGCUCAUGAUACCCUUCGUGCAGACUCUCCUCCGUAAGGGCCUCACGGCCGAAUUCCAGCGCGUGCUCCACGAGUUGCAGCGAAGGGGCACCCCACUCCCUCCUCGCCUUGCUCAAAGUCUUGUAGCUUCGUUGGCAGAAUCUGGGUAUCCAGACCUUGCUAUGGAGGUGGCGAACAGCGUAUCACAAGCUGCCGCCUCGGCAGCACCGUAUCGCUCGAGUCACGUGGUGGCUGUCGGAAACUCCACUGAGCCCGAGCCAUCGGUCUUGGUCCCCGCAUUGCAUCUGAUGAGCAUCGCUCUCGAUCGGUCGAGCAAGAUGCUGGAUUCGACUCGAUUGCCCCUUGUCAGCAAGGUGCUCGGUCUGUUCGACGAGUUUAGGCUUGGUCUCACCCAGUACCUCCUUCACACUCACAGACAAGGCGACGACGUGGAUCAGCCACAAGACCGUCUGCCUGCGUCAGAUAUCCGGACGGCAUACAACGCGGCAAUGAGGGUGCGGCUCGCGGCGUUACAGGGCACAGGAUCGGAAGUUUGGACGGACGCAGAUCAAGAGGAAUACGCGUUCCUGCAAGAUCGCGCCUCGAUCCACGGCCACGUGGAAUCGCUCUUCMCAGAGAUGGCAGCACAGGACGUGGAGCCCGACGUGCACUCGUGGACGCUGCGGAUCACGGCGAGUCUGUACGACUGUCUCAACGCUGCCAACGACCACAAACGCCUUGUCCGAUUGAAGCGCACCAUCGAGCUGUUCGAAGCGGCUUUGCAGCAAAUGCCUCGGCAAGAUGGCGGACGAUCAUCGUUGGACAGGUCAGAAGACAUGGAAUCCAAGGCCGUCACUGUGGACUCGACAGUCGUAGCUGCCGUGAUGCACGCGUGCCGUCGCUGCAGCGACCUUGACGCUGGCAUGCACGUCUACGAGACUUACGUGCGCCUCGGCGGCCUGGACCAACACGUUCAGGAGGCGCAGCUGAUGCUCUUGGCUGCCCUCGGCAGGCAUGGCGAAUGGCAGCGCGAGCUGGAGCGACUCAAGCACGCAGCCGAUCUGCCGUUCACGCCAUCCCAGCGAAUCGUCAAGCAGCUGCAAGCGCUCGCAGCUCCCAAGUGA